AUGCAAUUAACAUGGUCUGCCUUUUCUCUCUGUCUGGCGAUGAUGCCAGUUGCUUGUAUAGCAGGGGAUAACACAGACGAUGGUCGCCGUUCCUGUUCGUACGCAGCUGCAAAAAGAGACGGUGAAUAUAGGGAGCCAUCGUGCUUGCAAUCUACGAGCACUUCAGCUAGUGUCUAUCAAGCUACAACUCCGAAAGAUAGGUCCACGGGAUGGUCUACAAGUACGUCCACGAGUUGGUGGACGAGUUACUCGACAAGUUCGUGCACCAACACGACUACCAUUAGUGGAUAUCCCCCAACGGUGAUAAGCACGUCACCUAGCGUGUAUACUAUUUACCCUGCGACCACCCCAAGUUCUUCAACAAGCAGAUCGACUACUACUACCACCAACACAACGACAUUGACAGAAACAGAAUGUGAGUCAACAACGUCUACCCCUACUUCCACAUCGCCUAUUCCGACGACAUCAAUUAUUCCUACCACACCUACAUCUAGAUCUACAUCAGCUACUCCAUCCACUUCUACUUCUAUUUCCGCAUCAGUCAUUUCCACCACAUCUAUAUCCAUAUCUACAUCAGUUAUUCCCCCAAAUUCUACUUCAACAUCACCAGUUCCAACAACAUCUUGUUCCACUACCUCGAUUCUUCCAAUCAUAUCUACAUCUAUAUCUACAUCUAUUACACCGCCCAUUUCUACUUCUACUUCCGCAUCAGUCAUUUCCACCACAUCUAUAUCUAUAUCUACAUCAGUUGUUCCCCCCAAUCCUACUUCAACAUCACCGGUUCCGACAACAUCUUGUUCCACUACCUCAAUUCUUCCUACCAUAUCGACAUCAGUUGCUCCACCCACUUCUACUUCUACUUCCGCAUCAAUUAUUUCUACCACAUCUACACCUAUAUCUACAUCAGUUGCUCUGCCCAUUUCUACAGCAGUUAUUCCCACCACAUCAACCGCUACUUCUACAUCUACCACAACGACCACAUCUACCUCCACCACGACAUUUACAUCAACUAUCACAUCAAGUCCAACUAGUACAACUAGUACAACAUUCAUCGUUUCGGUAUGUCCAAGUCGUAUUGUCAAUCCUACAUAUAUCGCCCCAGGACCUCUACCAACGGACUACACGUGGGGCUGUAAACCAGGAUAUCUAUGUCAUCCUAAGAACAAACCCCCCGGUGGAGGAGAUUGCAAUUUUGAAGCCGGUCUUCCUGCCUCAUCUUUCUACUGUUCACCGGAUGAGUGCAUUCCCAGCCCCAAACUCAUUGAUAACCCGGAUAAAGGGUGGGGAGAAGGAUAUCAGUCAAACAAGACUGGUACCUUUGAAGUUACACCAGGAUAUUUCAACAUGAAUCCAAUUGAAUUUGGCCUGAACUAUAGCAUAUUCACAUUUCCAUGGGGGAAUGAAUGUGAUGGUAACGGCAACCCAUACCCUCACGGCAAGCCUCCUAAGAACAGCAGAGGAUGGAAAGGCAAUAACAGAGUCAAGCGGCAAACAGGUGCAGAGGUCAUCCCACCCGUAUGCUACAACGAGUGCAACAAAGUCGCUCUCGAAGCAGAGAAAGAUGGAAAAACGCCAGCACUCUGUGACAGUGGUUCUGUUUUUAAAGGGUAUUUGAAUGAUUGCAAUGUGUGUAUAUCUGCGCAUGCUACAGGGCAAACAACGCGGGGUCCAGUGCCUGAUUUCGAGCAGUGGCUAUUUUACUGUUCAUCAUUGGGUACGACGACAUCUUCUAGCAGUACAAGUACGACUUCGACGACGAGUGUGCCAAUACUUGCUGAUUCUACUACGGUUGGAACGACUACUUCGACUACUAGUACUCGCACAACGCUUUCGGAGAUACAACCCACCAGCCCUUCAACAACUUCGGCAUCUGACACUUCAACUGCAAUCUCCACGACUACAAUAUCUUCCCCUAGCCUGGUAACUCUGACAACAUCGACAGCUGCAACUACUAUAGUGCCAAGUACUACCACAACAUCUACAGCAUCUAUUUCGGGUGCUUCGAGCACUCCUGAGUUAUCAGCAACUGCAUCAACUACCUUGACAAGUGUUGCAUCCGGUUCCGAAUCAUCGCCAACUUCGAUCACUUCGACAGUAGGUACUGGCACCGCUAUCACGUCUUUGUCUACUGGUACAACCCCCAUCUCCAAUUCCGGUGGCAGCCUUAUCAGCGAUACAGCGUCUGGAAGUGCGACUAUUACUCCCGGGGUCGGUUCAGGAACUACCAGUAGCACCCAGACAACACCUUUAAUAACAUCAGGGGUCACUGAAACUGCUCCUGCCGCAACUUCCGGUCUCUUCACAGGGGAUGCAUCUACUAGUUCGCAGUCACUCUCUGAGAGGUUGCUUUUGACAAUCAGUGCUGGAAUAUUGUUGUUGGUUACAUUGGUUUGA